AAAAUAAAAAGCAGCAAAAAAUAAAAGACAUUAUAAAUUACAAUACUUCUUAUAUAUGUAUGAGUACAUAUAGCGCACAGACAGAGAGGAAAAGCAAAGCAAACAGAAAAACUAAACCAAACCAAACCAAAACUAACCCAACGCAUCGCAGAGCAGCGCAUUCAACAACUUGUUUAUUUCAAAAUAAAGGUGUAUAUAUAACAAAGAGGCAAAACCUGAAAGCGCGUAUAUAUCUUAUAAAUAGUGUGCUUUGUUUCGGCACCCGACGCUGGCGACCAUCAACAGCCACAAACGACCAAACCAACAACAACAAGUGGCAGCUGCUGUCUUGGCGUAGGUCAGGCAACUCCGAGAGUCCAAUCCAAUACAUAAAUCUCUUAAACUAUGCUCUGAUUGAGCUGCCGGCAAGAGACGUUUAUUAAACAGCUGUCGCUAGCCCUUACCCCCACUCCCCCCGCUCUCGGCUAAUUAGUUGGCCCAUGGUGCCGGCUGCUCUCUGCUCAUAGAUUGGUCUUAGAUUAUUGGAACUGCAAUAUGCUGCACUGGUCACUGAUUGUCAGCGCACUGGGCGUCAUCGUUGCCGUGCUGGGAGCCUACUGCGGCUGGUCGCUGUUCCCCAUCAUGAUACACAAAAAGGUCGAACAGAGCGUUAUCAUAGCCGAUGGCUCGGAGCAAUACAAACGCUUUGUGAACCUACCCCAACCGCUGAUCUUCAAGGUAUAUAUAUUCAAUGUCACGAAUCCCGAUAUGAUACAGAAUGGCGCCAUACCCAUUGUCGAGGAAAUCGGGCCAUAUGUGUACAGACAAUAUCGGCAGAAGAAGGUCAAGCAUUUCUCGCGAGACGGCUCGAAGAUCACCUACGUGCAGAACGUGCACUUUGACUUCGACGAGGAUGCCUCGGCGCCGUAUACCCAAAGCGAUCGCAUUGUGGCGCUCAAUAUGCACAUGAAUGCCUUUUUGCAAGUAUUCGAAAGAGAAAUCACAGAUAUCUUACAGGGUUUUGCGAAUAGAUUGAACUCGCGAUUGAAUCGCACGCCCGGCGUUCGAGUUCUAAAGCGUCUGAUGGAGCGCAUACGAGGGAAACCGCCCUUUAGCUGGGUUAACGGCAUCUUAGUCAGCCUUAUUGAAGAUGUCAAAUCCGUGCUGCAAAUUAGCGAGAACGACCCGGGUCUGGCCCUGCUGCUGGUCCAUCUGAAUGCCAAUCUGAAGGCCGUCUUCAACGAUCCACGCUCCAUGUUCGUGCACACCUCGGUGCGCGAGUACCUGUUCGAUGGGGUGCGCUUCUGCAUCAAUCCCCAGGGCAUCGCCAAGGCGAUUUGCAAUCAGAUCAAGGAGAGCGGCUCCAAGACCAUACGCGAGCAAAGCGAUGGCAGCCUGGCCUUCUCCUUCUUUGGACACAAAAACGGCUCCGGUCACGAGGUGUACGAGGUGCACACGGGCAAGGGGGAUGCCACGAAGGUGCUGGAGAUCCAGAAACUGGACGACUCGCACAAUCUACAGGUGUGGCUCAAUGGCAGCACCGAGGGCGAGACCUCUGUCUGCAACCAGAUCAACGGCACCGACGCCUCCUCGUAUCCACCGUUUCGCCAGCGCGGCGACUCCAUGUACAUCUUCAGCGCGGACAUUUGUCGCUCGGUGCAGCUCUUCUAUCAGUCGGACAUACAGUACCAGGGCAUACCUGGCUUCAGGUACUCCAUCGGCGAGAACUUCAUCAACGACAUUGGACCCGAACACGACAACGAAUGCUUCUGCGUGGACAAACUGGCGAAUGUGAUCAAGCGCAAAAAUGGUUGCCUCUAUGCGGGUGCUCUGGAUCUGACCACCUGUCUGGAUGCGCCCGUCAUCUUGACGCUGCCUCACAUGCUGGGCGCCUCGAAUGAGUACAGGAAAAUGAUACGAGGUCUCAAGCCAGAUGCCAAGAAACACCAGACCUUUGUCGACGUGCAAACGUUGACGGGCACGCCGCUGCAGGGUGGCAAGAGGGUGCAGUUCAAUAUGUUUCUGAAGAGUAUAAAUCGCAUUUCCAUCACGGAGAAUCUGACGACGGUGCUGAUGCCCGCCAUUUGGGUGGAGGAGGGUAUACAACUAAAUGGUGAGAUGGUGAAAUUUUUCAAAAAGAAACUCAUCAACACGCUCAAAACGCUGGACAUCGUACACUGGGCGGGCCUGUGCGGCGGCAUGGGCGUGGCAGUUCUCAGCCUCCUCUAUUACACAUACCAGAGGGGACGGCCCGCAAAGGCGCCCGUCAAGCAGGUGGCCUGAGGAGGAGGAUGUGAAAUGAUGGUAUUUUAUUAUUAUUGAAAAGAGAGAAACAAAUAUUACUAUUAUUGUUAUUAUUAUAUUAUAAUAUGGAUGUAACAACACUCGACACGAAUUGUUCACGAAUUUUUGUAUAUAAUUUAUUGUUUAAAUGUGAUUUUAUUAUAUUGUGAUUUAGCGCGUACUAAAAACUAUGUUUAAACUAAAAACCAAAACAAAACUGUUAA